CAGAUUUGUUUUUUGUAUUUUUUUAUAAGCAUUAUUACAUUUUUUCCGUGUUCAUAUGCAUUGACAAACAUACGUGCCUUAGAAAGCCAGUUGAGUAGGAGUUUUGUGGGAACACAAUGUGAAUCAUUACGUUUCUGGGUUUUCUACUCUCUUAAACCAUCUUCAAGCCUUCCCCUCCUUAAAGCACAAGUUCUUCUGCUCCAGAAGGGGUAGGUGAGGAAGGAUACAUACAACCAUGACGCAGAGAAAGCCACCGAUCGUUUCGAGCUGCAGCCCGUCCGAGCGCAACGCCGGCGAUAGUUACGCCGCCAACGGCAAGUUACCGCCGGACUACAGCCUGCAGGUGGCGUUUGGAGAGCUGCAGCACCACCUGCGGCAGUCGAGGAGCGAGAUCGAGCGGCUCAACCGGCAGCGCGUCAAGCUGGCGGCCGAGGUGGAAGCCAAGAAUAUCAGCCUCGAUUUCCUGCAACAGGAACUAGAGAAAAAAGACAAGGAACGACAUGACCUGCAGGUCAAGCUCAUGCAAAGCACACAGGAGAACGAAGACCUCCAGAUGCGUCUUUCAAUGGCGGCGGAGAGCAGAGACACGACACUCGGGUACAUGACGUACCCGGGACGUCGCCGUUUCUCUCCGGCAGUGUUCAAGCACCAGGUGGAGCUGGGGCAAGGAGAUGCUGUGGAGAGCUGGGAAGGGGUGUCGCAGCACCUGCUGUCUCAGAUGUACAAGGAGAUGACGGAACUGCAGGAACUUGGGAAGAAGCUUGCGCUCGACGGUACACCUCUGGAAGACAGCACGACAACGUCAGAUCCGUCACCAAGCAGCAGAGAUGUUGUAGAAGCGGAGAAUGAUGCUGAAGAGGAAGAUGAAGAUGUAGCACUAGACAUAGUGUCCACACUGGCCUCCCAGCUGAAAGCGGUCAAGGACAGGCUCAUCGAGCAAAGGAAGUCUCUGCUUGCUGUGACGCAGAACGCUGGUGAAGUUUCCCAAAAAGCACGGAGCACAUCAGGAAGGGGAGCCCUCUCUCCUGCCAAAGACGACUGCACUCGCAGCAGGCUUCCGCUGCCGAACCGACGGCUGUCCAGACAUUCCGCGGACGUUCCACACCCUCCUGGGCGACCGUCAACAAAGGCGGAGAGUAUUCAAUGUGCGACUAAGCCUCGGCCACAGCACCUGCCUCAGGAACGGAGGAAAGACCACGUCUGUCCCAUAUGCGAAACUUGCUUCCCUGCCACGAUCGCUCAGGAAGAGUUUGAAAAUCACGUGCUUCAGCACUUGGCAGUGUGAGCUAAGAAAAGCCUACAUGACCACACGCUCUUAAAAAUGAACUUCACCUCAUAGCACGCUCCUAGCCAACCAUCAUCUUGAAUGAUAUCGUUACGUCCGCUGAUUCGUUGAAAAUGGGAGGCGUACGCCUUUUUCCCGAUUUUCAACGCUUCCCCAUUUUCAACAAAUCGGGGAAGAUAACGAUAUCAUUCGAGAUGAUGAUUGGCUGGGAGCGUGUUAUUGCAGGGAAGUUCAUUUCUAAGAGUGCAUUGACGGGUGUAUAGAUUGUAAUUGUGGUCGAAUACGAUCAUCAAUAACUGUUCGGGUUAGGGAACCCGUAUCAACGAAUGCUGUGGCAGAAGGGAGAAAAAAGGAAUUUGGGACCAUUUGUCAUUUGUAGAUUGCAAAUCAACAGCCCAAUAUUUUGCUGCAUAUAUUAGCCUCAGUAACUUAAUAAUAAUUUGUACGGUAUGGUUUCUGCAUGGGAAUAUCUUGUACAUACGUUUAUAUUUUGACAGAUAUAGGGUUUCGGGUUGUUGCGCGCUACUUUUAUGCUGCCCAGAGAGGUUGGUUUACGUUAAGUGUGCACACAGUAUUAUUAUUAUUAGACGUAAUAUAUUUUCUACAAGCACACAACAUCUUGUUAGAUCAUGUGACAAAUAAAUAAGAGUGGAAGGUUCA